AUGGAAAAUAGGGAGGACUAUUUUGUGAACUUGAUGAAUGAGAGCAACAAUGUUGAUGACCUUGAACUGUGUAGUCCAAUUGGGGAGCAAGAGUUCCCGAUUGAACAUGCAUCUCCCCCUGUUAGAAAGAGUCAAAAAAGAUCAGCCAAUUACAGUGAGAAGGAAGAUGAGGCGUUGGUGUUGGCAUGGCAAAAUAUUAGUCUAGAUGCAGUCCAUGGCAACGAGCAAUCUCGUGCAACUUAUUGGAAGAGAAUUCAUGCUUACUUCAAUGAGCACAAAGAGUGUGAGUCUGAUCGUAAUAUUGUGCAGGCAUGUGCUUUGUACAAAGAAAAAGACAAGCAACAUAGGUCCUUCCAAAUGUUGCAUUGUUGGAAUUUGUUGAAGCACAAUGAAAAGUGGAUUAGUAGGGCAGUUGAGAUGAAUGCAAAGAAACAAAAGACAACUGCCAAGUCAUCUCCUAGCACAUCUUCUCCUAGUACCAACUCAAAUAGUUGCGAAGGCCAUCAUGAUGCACUAGAUCUUGAGAAUGAGACUGUGACUAUGAGAAGACCAACUGGCAGGAAAGCGGAGAAAGAAAAAUUACGGCGAGGUGGUGAUAACUUGUACAAGGAAGCUCUAGAUAAUUUGUGGGCAAAGAAGGAAGAGGCAGAGGCUGUGAAAGAGAAGAAAAAAGAAGAGCGCUAUGAAUGA